AUGUUUCCGUGUGGCAAGUGUAUUCAAACCAGAAACACCGCGCUGAACUCAGUUCAAACAAGGCUCCGAUCGAGACGGACAUUUCGUCAACCACUGGUUCAUGCCAUGCCUCCCCGAUGGACUAAUCCUUCUAUGGUUCUCACAUUUGUGCUCCUCUCUUCCCUCACCAAUACCGUACAGACGAAACCCAUACAGAACGCCGUCAGUCUCACCGAUCCACCAGUUCCGGAACAAGCGAACACAGAAAUCCAAGAACAGCGAGCCAGAAUAACUUCCAUGUUGUGGCUACAAAAUAUGGAUCCGAUCGCAAAUGUGCCCACCGCAAAACGAGAAAAAUUGGGCACGAAUCCGGAACACAUAGGGUGGUACUAUUUGGUGAGAUCUUUCUGUCAUCGUGAAGUGAUGCGGCCAAUGGGAGGCGGUCAUUUGACCGGUCCUUGGUGCACAUACUACAGACGAAUCAAUCAGCUGAUUGCUGCGAUGCGCAAG